AUGCCGAACGGACGGCGUCGAGCGGACUCUGAAAAGCCUUCGGUGGAGGACAGCUCCUCGCCACCUCGAUCAAAAGCACGACUUCCCGUCCACUUUGCAUCCGCAUUCGAGUACGCAGGGGAAAGCAGGGCAGGCAGUUCCCCAAAAACAUCCUCAUUGGUGGUUCCAGCGACUAUAACGACGCCAACCUCUGAUCAGAAUAUCUCACUACGCCGGAGCUCCCGCACAAGGCAAUCAAGGUACGCGGAUCUUCAAAAUAUUCUCACCAAUGAUAGCGACCACGAACCUACUCAACAGAGACAAGCAUCCUCUUCAAGCCUAAAGAAAGCCGAAGCACCUAAAGUCGGCUCGGACAACUUCUAUGACCAAGGUUUGCCUAAGAAAAACGGCACCAAGAAGCCGCGCAAAAAAAUCCGCCGAACCAGAGACGACCCCACCUCAGCAGCCGGGAGCAUAUAUGCGCAUCUCAAAGGCUUACCCGAUCUCUUUGCUCCGCACAACGACAUAAUGUUCUGCGGGAUCAAUCCUGGUGUCAAGUCUUCCCAAUCAGGUCACCACUUUGCCCAUCGCUCCAACCACUUCUACCCGUCCCUGCACUUGGCGGGGAUCACGGAGCAGAGAAUGAAGCCGGAACAAGAUGUUGAGUUCCCUUACCUUCAGCCCUUGUCGCUUGGGCUGACAAAUCUAGCGCAUAGGCCGACGGCAGAGGGAAACGAGCUGCUGCCAGGAGAGCUGAUUGCUGGUGUGCCGAUCCUGCUGGAGAAGAUACGCAAGUGGAAGCCAAAGACGGUUUGCUUUGUGGGGAAGGGCAUUUCGGAGGCUUUCCUCAAAGGUCUGAAGCAAGUGGGCGCCAUCGAUAAGGGCAAAACUCUUGGACAGCGACAGACUUCAGGCUCCACGUUCAAGCGCAGUGAUAGCUUCAAUGGCCCGGGCUCGAGCAUCAAGGCUGAAGAUCAUGAAGCAGUUUCAGCAUCGGGUCCAGUGAAAGCCGAAGGAAGCGAGAGUGUAGGACGCAGGCUACUCACAGCAAGCAUCCCGUCCUCCAUUCUCUGCGCACAUCCUGCAGCGCUAUCUGACGACCGCGUAUUCAACUCACCAAGUCGAGCAUCACCUUCGAAAAAGACUCCACCAUCGCCCGAGAAACCAAAGAAACAGCUCUACACCAAAGGCAAUUCAAAAGAUGACAGCGGCUACGGCAUCUUAUCCCUCUGCGUACCUCACACAAAAGAUCACCACGAUGCACUCAGCCUCGACGACGUCACGCUGUUUUUUGUUACGCCGUCAAGCUCGGCACGUGUAACGACGCACUUCUUGGACGACAAAGCACGCAUUCUCUCCAGUCUUCGCACACUGGCUCUGCAUCUCCAGCAUAUUUCACUGGAUCAGAAGAGUGGAGGAGUCAAGCUGGAAGAGAAAGUGAGUUUUGCUGAUACAUGGAAGGUUGAGUUGGAAGUGAUUGACGUGACACGGUAUGAUAUUUGA